AAUAAUACAUCUCUGAUCACCAUCUUCAUUUGGGGGGAAAAAAAUUAAAAUUAGGGUUUUAAAGAAUUUCGACUUCACAAAGGAAGUAGCCAGAAGAACAUGAGACUCGUAUGGUGGUGGGCGGCCAUACUCACGGCCGUUCUCUUCUGCAAAGUCGUAUUCUCCGAUCAGAUUAUUCCAGCUCAUACAGGUGGUACCUUUGGUCGAAGCUCUAGGGAACCAAAAUUCAAAAUUGAAUUCCAUUCAGAAGAUUCACCUUUUCAUCCAGAUGACGACCAAGAGUCUAUUACUAUGCCCAACAAAAAUGGAGAAAAGUUCCUCUGUUAUUUGCCUAAAGUGGAAAAAUCCAAGAGCGGAAAGCUCGUCGCUCAACAGAAUACAAGCAGCAUGAUUGUUGAGUCUGAGACACGUAUGAAACUGAAGACGCCUGAUGAGCUACUAGAAGUGCUGAACGAUUUGUGCUUUAUAAGGCAAGAGGGAUGGUGGUCUUAUGAGUUCUGUUAUCAAAAUCGAUUGCGCCAAAUUCAUUCGGAGGGUGAGAAGGUGGUUCAAGAAUUUAUCUUGGGAGUUUAUGAUGCGGAAGCUACAGAGGCUUACAAUCAAAAACAUUCCGAUGUAUCCACAUUGAAGGAUCCUCGCUCAAAAGACGCAUCUCAAAGGUAUCAUGCUCAUAUCUUUACGAAUGGGACCCUCUGUGAUUUAACUAACGAGCCCCGAGAAACUGAGGUCAGAUUUGUCUGUUCUGAACCCAGAGCUAUGAUAAGUUCAAUCACAGAGUUGUCAACAUGCAAGUAUGCACUCACGUUUCAGUGCCCAACUCUUUGUAAACAUCCAUUAUUCAAUGAAGAAAGACCAGUGUCGCAUACUAUUCACUGCAAUGCUCUUCCUAAAGAGGAACCGAAGGUGAAAACAGAGGCCGAUGAUUUCCAAGCUGAAAAGAUAGCUAUGAUCACCGAUAUCGAGUAUCCACCUACUUUCAGUUCAGAAGAACAUGCGACAUGAAUUGUAUGUCAUUUCUUUGAGACAAGUCGUCGGCGGAUUUCUGUACGAAUAUAAGCCAUUCAAGUGUUUUCAUAGAUAGAAGGAUUUCUCUAUAGAGAUCGAACUAAUCAAUUGAUACAAAUAGUUCUCGGGAAAAAAAUGAGUUGUUUAUAUUAUGUUGUAGAGAAAUAACUUCAUUUCAAACAAGUUAUCCGAGAAGUGGGUUCUCGUCAUUUUUAUACUUGAUGAAACGGAAUAUCACGAGUAAUUUAGUAUUAACUUCACCAAGUGAACU